GCGGCGCUGGAGCUGGGCCCCGCGGGGAGGGAGGCGGCACCGGGAUGAGCAGCGGCCGCCGAGGGAGCGCGGGGCGCCCGUGACAGGAGCUGAGCAUGUAACCAGAGCUGGCCUGGUGAGAAACGGGCAGUCAGGGCUUCCUGACGGAAUGUACAAGGGGAUUCUCGGCUUUCCACUGGAACAGACGCUCACUGCACCCACAGCUUUUCCUACAGCUGGCAGCGUUACCCUGGUUCCUUGUCCUGCCCUGCAGAGGUGGCCGGGAGCUGGGGCACCAACAUGAACGAAGUGUCAGUCGUCAAAGAGGGCUGGCUGCACAAGAGAGGGGAGUACAUUAAAACAUGGAGACCCAGGUACUUCCUUCUGAAAAGCGACGGCUCUUUCAUCGGCUACAAGGAGCGGCCCGAGACGUCUGAUCACAGCUUGCCACCUCUGAACAACUUCUCGGUUGCAGAAUGUCAGCUGAUGAAGACCGAGCGCCCCCGGCCAAACACGUUUGUCAUUCGGUGCUUACAGUGGACGACUGUCAUCGAAAGAACCUUUCAUGUGGACUCUCCCGAAGAGCGGGAGGAAUGGAUGCACGCCAUUCAGACCGUUGCCAACAGCUUAAAGAACCAAGAGCCCGAAGAAGACACGAUGGAUUACAAAUGCGGCUCUCCCACCGACACCACCGGGGCUGAGGAGAUGGAAGUGGCCGUGACCAAGACCCGGGCAAAAGCAACCAUGAACGAUUUCGACUACCUGAAACUCUUGGGGAAAGGCACCUUUGGCAAAGUGAUCCUGGUGCGGGAAAAGGCCACUGGGCGCUAUUACGCCAUGAAGAUCCUGCGGAAAGAAGUCAUCAUCGCAAAGGACGAGGUGGCGCACACGGUUACAGAGAGUAGAGUGCUGCAGAACAGCAGGCAUCCCUUCCUGACGGCGCUGAAGUACGCCUUUCAGACAAACGACCGGCUCUGCUUCGUGAUGGAGUACGCCAACGGAGGAGAGCUGUUUUUCCAUCUUUCGAGAGAGCGCGUGUUCACGGAGGACCGGGCCCGUUUCUAUGGUGCUGAGAUAGUGUCGGCGCUGGAGUACCUGCACUCCAGGGACGUGGUCUACAGGGACAUCAAGCUGGAGAACCUGAUGCUGGAUAAAGACGGCCACAUAAAGAUCACGGACUUCGGGCUUUGUAAGGAAGGCAUAACGGACGGCGCCACCAUGAAAACCUUCUGCGGGACGCCGGAGUACCUGGCCCCGGAGGUGCUGGAGGACAAUGACUACGGGCGGGCUGUGGACUGGUGGGGGCUGGGCGUCGUCAUGUACGAGAUGAUGUGCGGCCGUCUCCCCUUCUACAACCAGGACCACGAGCGGCUCUUCGAGCUGAUCCUCAUGGAGGAGAUCCGCUUCCCCCGCACCCUGAGCCCCGAGGCCAAGGCCCUGCUGGCCGGGCUGCUCAAGAAGGACCCCAAGCAGAGGCUAGGAGGAGGGCCGAACGAUGCCAAGGAGGUGAUGGAGCACCGCUUCUUCACGGCCAUCAACUGGCAAGACGUGGUUCAGAAGAAGCUGGUCCCGCCGUUUAAGCCCCAAGUGACAUCUGAGAUCGACACGCGAUACUUUGACGACGAGUUCACAGCACAGUCGAUCACCAUCACGCCUCCUGACCGAUAUGACAGCAUGGACUCCCUGGAGGCCGAUCAGCGGACGCACUUCCCCCAGUUCUCCUACUCCGCCAGCAUCCGAGAAUAGGCGGUGGCGGGCAGAGACUUGGGCUCCAAGCACAGGAGAACUUGUUGGUUUUGUUCCUUGGAUUUCUCUCCAGCAAUCUGGUCACACACUAGCCCGGCCCCCGGAGGCUGCAGGGCAGCCGCCCCAGCUGUUUGAAACUCAGCCAGGUUGGCAUCACACCACUGGGCAGGCGGGGAGACUCUAGGUCCCCGUUUGGAGCCGCGUGGAAAGGAAGGAAGUGCUCUUGCUCCAUGGCUCUGAGCAGCUCCAAACCCUGGCUGGUUCAGUACCAUGGGGUUGGCUUUAUUUUUAAACUCCUAGAAGUGCUUACAGCUUUUAAAGACACCCCACCCCAUGGGAGAGCCCCUCAGCCUUCCUCCAGCAUCCGAGGGCCCAGCGGGCCGGGUUGUCAGCUAGCCAUAACC